UCUCGCCAGCUUGACCUUAAAUCAUAAUAUCUUCCGGCCUCAACCAACUCUGCCAUCUCAUUAUAAUAAAAACCACUUUCCGUUUGAAAUAUCAUGAAGUAGUACUCGAUCACAGGUGAGGUAAUGCUAGUAUUGCGCGCUAGUUCGUAUACCAUGAAACCGUUUGAAAUUUCAUUUAGCUUUCGUCUGUUAGCUACCUCUGAUCCAGAUCAUGCUGAUACUGAGCCCCUCAAUCUUUUUCCAAGCGUGCACCAGUACUAUACUGAUCUUCAUACCCCACCAGUGAUGACAGUAGGAGAUGAAAACCCGAGAGCAUGCAGUACUAAAGGUAAAGAGGAUGUCACCGUGGCCUUAAACAUUGGCCUUCCUAAUUGUUCAAGUGGCUCAAUUAAUCCAGAUAUAAUAUGCAAUGCAAAUAUAGCAGCUAGUAAUUAUUUGAUACCCACUCCCGAAGAAAUAAACACUGGCUUCACUCAUUUCUCAUGCCACAUCUGCUUCAAAACCUUCAACCGCUACAACAAUCUUCAGAUGCAUUUGUGGGCGCACGGUUCACAAUAUCGAAGGGGCCCGGAGUCGCUUAAGGGAACCCAACCCAAACCGAUAUUAGGCAUUCCAUGCUAUUGUUACGCCGAAGGGUGCAAGAACAACAUAAGGCACCCGAGCGGAAAGCCUCUAAAAGAUUUCCGAACUUUGCAAAACCAUUACAAGAGGAAGCACGGGACGAAGCCCUUCGCGUGUCGAAAGUGCGGGAAGCUCUUGGCAGUCAAAGGUGACUGGCGAACGCACGAGAAGAAUUGCGGCAAGCGCUGGCUUUGCAUUUGCGGUUCUGACUUCAGGCACAAGAGAUCGCUCAAAGACCACGUUAAAGCAUUCGGUUCUGGUCACAACCCAUUUGCAAGGCCUGUACCCGGAAGUUGUUGAGCAGAUCCAAACUCGCGUCGACUAAGGUAUCGAUGGUACGUACGUACGCUUAUUGCACCGUUUUUGCUGGUCAGAAGUCACGCGUGCGAGCAUAUCAUAGCCGAAUUGAAGGAUAUGUAGCACAUCCAUGACUCCGGGAAAGUAAAUAAAAAAUAAUCGGCGUAGUUAUAGUCUUGUCACGAAGUGUUUUGCCUACUGUAUUGAUGUAAUUGAUUAUGUAUUAAAAAAAUUUAUGCAGCUAAUCACAUCAA